UAGAUGUUUUUUAGUGCUCACACUGACGAACUACAACAUACUGCCACGAGACUGUGAUACAACAGCUUUGACAGAGUUUCUGUAGGUGAAGUUUUCAUGAUGCAGAGUGUCAAGUGUGUUGUUGUUGGAGACAUGGAAGUAGGAAAGACCUACCUACUCUACACUUACAUCCAUAAGGUCUUUCCUAAGGAGUACGUCCCAGGUACCUUCGAUUCAUACACCACCCAGGUUAAUGUAGACGGCCAGACUGUCAGCCUGAACAUAACUGACUCCGCUGGCAGUGAGGACUAUGACCGUUUACGCACCCUCAGCUACGCCCAUUCCAAUGUCGCCAUCAUCUGCUUCUCCAUUGCAAGCCCAACAUCCUGUGAGAAUGUCAAGCAUAAAUGGUAUCCAGAGGUUAAACAACAGUUACCCACUGUACCUAUCCUCCUUGUGGGAACUAAGAGUGACCUACGUGAUGAUCAGAAAAUCCUGGAGAAACUGAGGGAACAGAAUCAGACCACAGUCACCGAGCAGCAGGGAAUAACACUGUCAAAGGAAAUUAAAGCUGUUAAAUAUCUUGAGUGUGCUUCAAUCAACCAACAAGGACUAGAUGAGGUGUUUGAUGAGGCUGCGCGUGCCUUUCUCCGUCAUUCAGUCACCACCAAGAAACCCUGUGUACUCUCGUAAGAGGAGGUUGCACAUAAAUGUUGUAUUUUGAUGUGUUUUUUUUUUCAUAUUUUCAUGUGCAUUUCCAUAUAUUUCUGAAUAGCUGUGUAGCUUUAUGUGCUGAUUUUUAAAUAUACUGUAUGAAUGCACUUAAGGAAGCGUACAAGUGGAUGCUACAGAAGUAUCCAAACCAUGUUAUAGUUAUAUGUUUGUUUUUUACUUUAGUGCUCCGUCAUUAAUAUAUUUGUUUGUUUGUUUUUUUGUUUGUUUUAUUGAUUGGUAAAACAUGUUUUAAUUAAAUAAACAACACUGCGUUGGAUUUUUUUAA